AUGGUGUGUGCCAUGAGGCUGUUUGAAUGCCCAAUAUGUGAUUUCACCAACAUUACAGAACUUAAUGUAAAGAGACACAUUAAAAGAUGUCACCCUGGAUUAGGACCUAAUGAUGAACUUAUUAAACUGGGCCCAAAAGAACAAAAUAAGGAGAAGGCAGGUUGCUCGUUUGGUGAAGAAAACAAAGGUGAAGAAAGCGCAAAUGAAGAUUGGUUACACCAGGACCUUUGUGGAGUUAUAGGCGAGAUAUCCUCUGCCAACUCAUCGAGUAGUAACUCAAGUGAUGAAAAUGAAGAAGAUGAUAUUGAUGAGCAGAAGGAGAAACAAGAUUCAGAAGGCAAUUUGUUAGAAGGAAGACUUUUCCGUAAGAAGACCCAACCGACUUUGCCAUUCACAAGAAAAAGACCAAGUUUGGAGAAGAUCCCUGUUCCAAAGAAGAUAACUUGUAUGGAUUUUUCCAUCCAGGUUGAUAUAGAACCAGCAGUCACUCCCGUAGAAAGUAACAGAGUUGAUGCUUACACACAGACAUCCCCAAAAAAGAGAGAAGUUGUGACCAAAACGAUAAGAAAGUAUCGUGAAGGAGAGGCAGACAUCAGGGUUGUCACAAAGGAAAGAUUAUUUUACAAGUGA